GCUCGCCACUGCGCCACUGCUCGCGCGCUCCCCCUGGCGGCCGUCUCCGCAGCAGUUGCGUAACUAAACCACACUCUCCUUCUAGCCGACGACGAAAACUUUCGCACCGUGCGCCGACGAAAUGGAGACUCGUAAAUCGAAAUAAAACUUUCCCGCGGUGCGCGUACUUAUAUUUUUACCCUUUAAAAAAUCGGGAAAUUUCUAGAUUUAAAAAACAGCUAGCAUAUGCCUUUUAUUUUUAGUUUCAACUUCGGAAGUGGCGAAAAGUGAACAAAUGUGAAUUUUCGCCGGCAGUUUAAGUGCGAACGUUAAGUGUUGUGUUGGUUUGUUUUGUUUUGCUUUGCUUGCUGGUGGUCGGAGGUGGUUGGACGGCGCUGGUGGUGGGAAUCGAUACUGCGGUGGGAGCGGCGAAGGGAGUAACCACGACAUGGUGAGCCGACGGCGACGCGACCGGCCGUGGUGAUCUCUCCACAUGCCGACAACACUCUGCAGACAGCAGAAAGAUGUCCUAAUAUGGGUUGGUCAUGCGUGGUAGCACGCGCAGUGGCCUUUUCUCUCAUGCUGAGCAUGGUGUCCGCACUCACAUCCGACAUAUUUGCCGCGGGAAAGUCGGACAAGGAGAUACUGGACAAUCUAUUAAAAAAUUCCCGCUAUGAUAAAAGACUGCUUCCACCCGUAGACGAUCCAGAAUUCUGUUGUGGUCUAACCUCGCCCAACGACUCUUUGGCUCAAAAUAAAGUCGGGUUUUCAUCGCUGCGGCCUCGCUCGCACAACCGUGGUGUCCUCACCGUAAAUGUUAGCGUGCUACUUCUUAGUUUAGCAUCUCCAGACGAAUCUAGUCUUAAAUACGAGGUGGAGUUUUUACUACAGCAGCAGUGGUACGACCCUCGGCUCAGAUAUUCCAAUCAGUCUCACUACGACUUUCUAAACGCUAUUCAUCAUCACGAAGACAUUUGGCUGCCAGACACAUAUUUCAUUAUGCAUGGAGACUUUAAGGACCCGAUAAUCCCGAUGCACUUCGCGCUGCGCAUCUACCGCAAUGGCACCAUAAACUAUCUGAUGCGGCGGCAUCUGAUACUCUCCUGCCAGGGGAGACUCAACAUCUUCCCUUUCGACGACCCAUUGUGUUCAUUUGCCUUAGAAAGUAUAUCGUAUGAGCAGUCAGCUAUCAAUUACGUGUGGAAAAAUGACGAGGACACAUUGAGGAAGUCGCCCUCGCUGACUACCCUCAAUGCGUACCUUAUCCAGAACCAAACCAUCCCGUGCCCCAUCAAGGCUAGCUGGAGAGCUGAUGGUAUAUCACUUUACGAAGACGAUGAAGAGCUGACAUGUAACCUUUGCCAGAGACGCUUUGAGGAGCAAGGUAACUACAGCUGCCUUAAGGUCGACCUAAUCUUUACUAGAGACCGAGCAUUCUACUUUACCACAGUAUUUAUCCCCGGCAUUAUCCUGGUGACCUCCUCGUUCAUCACAUUCUGGCUGGAAUGGAACGCAGUGCCAGCUCGUUCCAUGAUAGGUAAUUACAGCUGUCUCAAAGUGGAUCUCAUCUUCACGCGGGAUAGAUCUUUUUACUUCACCACAGUUUUCAUUCCGGGCAUCAUUUUGGUGACAUCUUCGUUUAUUACUUUUUGGCUGGAAUGGAAUGCAGUGCCUGCUAGAGUAAUGAUAGGUGUAACAACAAUGUUGAACUUUUUCACGACGUCAAACGGCUUCCGUUCCACGCUGCCGGUGGUUUCAAAUCUCACCGCCAUGAACGUUUGGGACGGCGUGUGUAUGUGUUUCAUCUACGCCUCCUUGCUUGAGUUCGUCUGCGUCAACUACGUCGGCAGAAAGCGACCGCUACAUAACGUCGUCUACCGACCUGGAGAAAACCCCGUCACACAGCGACUGCCCGCAGUCCUCAGCAGAAUUGGCAUUAUACUGGCCAGCCCCCUGGAGGCGAUCGCAUUCCUACAAUGGGCUAGGUCUGAAACCCCCGAGGCUGUGCCAAGCGUGAGCAGUGCCGGUGACAAAAAGCGGGAUUCAACAGGAGCUGCGGACUUAGUAUCUUGUACGGCAUGCUCCGGGACUCCCGGACCUUGUACACACACCGCCAACAACGGCGGUGUCUCAGAACCAUGUUUCGUCCAGGUUCGCAAAAAAGAACCCCCUCACCCGAUCCGCGUGGCCAAGACCAUCGACGUCAUCGCCCGGAUCACCUUCCCCACUGCCUACGCCGUGUUCCUCAUAUUCUUCUUCAUCCACUACAAGGCGUUUUCUUAAUGCUGCCUCCACUUUCGGUACUACUUCGGGCUGCUUUUGUUCAUGAACAGUCGUCUAGAACUUUGGCGUGUGAGUGGGUCUGUGCAUGGGUUCUUCACCACUUCAUUCGAGUUUGUUAAUGCGAAUUGUGAUCGAGCCCAAUUAUUGGCGCUUAGGUAUAUUAUAAUUAAGAGACGUAUAGCAGAAUUAUAUUACAACAUCGCUGCUUUCUUUUAUUAAAACGUCAUGUAAGAUUACGAUAGUUUUUUCUACAGGUUUUGAAAUAGUUUUCGAAAAUUCAUUAUGUGAAUGUUUGUAAUCCUGUGAAGUAGCUAUACUUUCAUGUGAAUUCACGAAACUUAUGAUAGGAUAAAGAGGGAUCAAUGACAUAAUUGUAUGAAAUUACUUGUAUCGGUAAUAAUAGGUCGAUUCAUAAGUGUCGUCUGAAGUCUGUGGAGAAGGUAUCUCGAGCGAAUUGUUUCACGCUCUAAGAAAUCUAUUUCAAACCUAAAAAUGCAGUGCAAUUGUAUUCUAUCGCUUUAAGUAAUAAUACUUAUCAAAAGACAUGAAACAUUAAUACUUAGAUUAGAUCAUAGAUCACAUCACCAUAGCCGAGUUAGUUUAACUUUUUAGCGACACUCUCAUAAGUUGUGAUAUAAGUACGUACCAACAUAGCGAAUUUUGAAAUUGCUUUGACCAGUUUUUUGCGUACGCGCACAUAAUGCAGCUACGGCCAUGAGUGAGCGUGAGUGAAGGAUUUCGCUGCGUCUACAUUACAGGUUUGUGUCAUGUAUAAACAAUAUUUGUAUUAGUAACAUAGAUAAAGCUCAAGUCGUUAUUAUAUUUGAAGUUUAAUGGUAAUUAUCGAACACGUUAAGUUAUUGUAAGUUAAGUAACUGUCUCACUUUAUGUAUUUUAUUUCGAUGGACCAUGAAAUGCCUUCUAACGUCAAUGUUAUUUUUUGCCUGAAUUAUAACUUUAAUUGAUGUAUGAUUCCCUUUGUAAAUAAUGUUAUAGAAAAUAUAUAAAGCCUAUCGAUACGUAAGGUUAUCUGUUACUUUGAAAAGUGUUAGUAAAUUACUUGUAAGUAUCGUAAUAUGUGCUGUGAGACCAUGCCGUCAUCCUGUAUGUUGCGUAAGUAGUUUGUAACAUUUACUUCGAUAACUAGGAUGUUGUGAAAAUAAAGUCGUAAAAUCUGUCUUUUUAUUUAAAACAUAAAUACUUCUUUAUCUACUAAUCUUAAUUUCGAUUUACUAUUAUUUUAUUAGGUUUUACGUACCUAUUAGAUAAUCGUGAACAUGAUGUGUCUCUUAAACCUGGUCUCCAGCGAAAGAUUCAAUCCCGGGCAAUUUGAAAAAUUUCAACAAAAACACAUCAAAAUUUUCUGAAAUGUGUUUCUUUACACACGCUGUGUUUAAAAAUUAGUUUCUCUAGCAUACAAAAUAGCAGAUGAUAUGAUGGUAUCAUACCGCUUGACCUGCGCCUAUUUUUAUUUUCUGUACGUUCAAACAAAAUUGUGUAGUGAUUUAAAAAAUUAAAAUAUGAAAAAUUAUCAGUAUUUUGUGUAGACGAUUUUGCUGUUUGUUGGCAUGUUUUUGCUGAUUGCAUAUUCGGGCAAAAUUCAUGCUGUGUAGGUACCCGUCUUUACCUCUAAUCAUAAUAUGCAUGGUAUUAGAAAUGCACUAUUUUUGUAAGAGCGAAAGAGUGAAUAAUAUUCAUGUUGCAAAUAAACGACGCGAACUUGUCUUAACAUAUUCAUUUAAACAAGUUCGAUUUACAACACAAUCGAUUGUAUGCCUUUUGCUUAAUAAGAGCGGACCAAAGAGUCAACUGUUUUGGAAAAUAGAUUUUUAUAGACAUAUAAGUAAAACCGCGUUUCGGCUGUGCUUUCGAUUAACUGUUGUUUUUAAUAUUUUUAUUGAAAUAUAGUCUGUACAUGAUAAAAGAAAUAUUUAACUUUAUCAAUGGAUUCUGAAAGAAUGGUAAAAAGGGUUUGUCGACUGUAGGUCUCUUAAAUUUUAAUUUUAUAAAAACGCUGUCUAAUUGAAAAAUCGAAAAGUAAACAGCUUAUUAUACCUGAUUACCAAUUCUGUUACACCUACGUUUAUGCCUUUAGGUAUAAAUACAAUUAACGUCUAUUUUGCACUCAACUACUUCACCGUACAGCCAAUUGGUUGUAACAAAAAAUGUACAACUACCAAAUACCAUUCCCAUAUUUUUGGAUAUUUAAAUAAAAAGUGAUACUACUUUAAAUUCGCAACGUUUUAUACUUAAAGUGUAAGAUGAAAUAUAACAUAUCAUUCGCUUUGUAAGAUACAUUCUUGUACCUCGUUAUGCUAUCGACCUGUUACCAAAGCUAUAUAUUCUAUGCUACCUUUAUCUAACUACGUACCUACGUUAAAAAUAUCGAUGAUUUUGACUAAUAUACCCCAUCGAAAGCCUUCAGUAUGUUUAUUGCUGUGAUAUCAUAAUUUUUCAAAAAUAUGGCAUAAAAUAAUUAUUAAUUUUCGUAAGACAUACAUAAUGUUUAUUAAAAUACCGCUGCAUCUGACAAAAAAGAGAAAAAAAUGAUGAUACAGAGAAGAAGAAAUCUAAGUACUUCUUAUUUAUGAAAUUCUUACAACAAACUUAAGUAAGAUUACUUAUAGCAAAUAUAUUAAUAACUAAAAGUGGUCACUUUUAGUUAAAAAAAUAGAUUUGCAUUUUUUCAUGCUGUCAUGUCAAAAGCCGACAUUUAUAUUUUAAUAUUCUUACUUCAUUAUAAUAUUUAGUUAAAUUCUUGAAAGUUGUAAGUAUUCUAGAUACUGUGAAAACUUGUCCAUUAUAACUAAUCUGUAUAAGAAAGAUAUCACGGAGUAUGAAAAUGUUCCAGUCUUAGAAAGGAACUACAGUUCCUUACAUUAAAAAGGCUCUCGGUAUAUUUUGGUGCUUAUACAUUGAAACUUUCUAUUGGAAAUGUUAUUUCAUUAAAAUAUGCUGCAAGUUAUUUAUUUUAUGAUAUUUAUUAGAAAAUAAGAUAUAAGUAUUCACUGUUUCUUACUAUACUUAUACUAUAAUAGUUUACUGAGUAAGUAUAUAUUUAUCAUAAUGUUGAAUAAGCCUCGCCAUCCCACUCGUUUACUUAUAUUUUUCAUGUUAUUUUAAAUUUAUUUUGCAAACGUCAAGUCAAAACUGUCAGUGUAUGUAAAAUUAUAAAUAUUACGUAUACGUAAUAUAAAAUAAGCUAAUGACCAUUUUUGUUAAAUUAAUUCACUCUAUAUUAUACGCCCAGUAGAAACAAAUGGAAUGUUUUAAUUCGAAAAAUUAGUUUAAUAAUACAUAUAUUCGAGAAUCUUUUCGAUUUGUUAAAAAUUUCAUAAUAAAAGUGCAUUUUCUAAUUAAAUGGUAAUUUGUAAGUAACUGAAUGCUACGCCCAAAAGAGAGAGUAGGCUCUACCGGCCGCUUAUUCAUAGAUAUAUAAUGUAAGAAUUAAAAAUUACUUCUUAAGAUUGUACCAUUGGUAUGCUGUACCAUAAAAACAAUAAUACAAGUAGUAUUUGCAAAUUAUAUUGCAAAAUUGUUUCUAAAAUAUUAUUUUAAUAGAUGUAAGUAGAAAGAAUAUAGGUAAUUAGCUCUCACGGUUAUCAAACGUAUCCUUUUCACUAAGUUAUUAGCUGAAAGCACUCUUAUUAUAUUUUUUGUUGAAUCAUUUUUUUUGUCAUAGUAGCCACGAUACGUAUAGAUCUUUAAUUCUAUACAGUUUUAUAUUAAGGAUGUUCCGUUGUUAAUAAAAUUGUACCUAAUUAAUUAAGUAAUUUAUUUAUCGAUAACAUGUUGCACGAAAAGACAUUAGUGAGAUAAUUAAAGCAUGGAUCCAAUCAACUCUGUAAAAUGAUAUCCGAAUAACGGAGUUGGAUCCUAAAAAUCAUGAUGAUUAAUGUAAUUAAGUAUAAUAUUACCGCAAAACCUAUUAAACUAUAUAAUUUAAAAGAAAGUUACAAUUUAUGUAUUACGUACAUUAAAGUUUAUUGUUAAUCCGAGACCAAAUACGAUAUAUUUUAAAAUAUUAGUCCGAUAUGUCGUAUAUGGUACAUUAUACAGGAAAACAUUGAGUGUUUUAAUGAAAUAAUACUAAACGUAAUGCAAAAAUUUCUUACCUAUGUCAUACAACUUGAAAGAAUAUUUUAUUAUCUUAUGUAGGUACGAGAUUAGACUGCAUUGAACUGGCUUAUUUUACACUGAAAUCAGUAAAAUAUUUUACUUAUAAGAGAAUUAAUUAUAUUGCGUUGAGUCCUUUGUAUUGAGAGAAAAAAAUUUCUAAAUAAAAAUAAAGUUAAUUAAAAAUACUUAUUUAAAUAAUACUCGCUGAUUUAGCUUCGCACUAUACAACUUUCGUAGCAAUGUCGUAAACUUCGUAGCAUAUAUAUCGUAGCAUCAGUUUGUUUUGACAGUUUUUUUUUCUAGAUUAGGUAAUCAUCCACUUAUUAUUUACUGACCGUAAUAUCACAUUACGGAUAAUUUACUGUUGUAACAAAAUAUUCAAAUACAUCAUAGAUUUUAACGUACCUACUUUAUUUUUCUUAUUGCCGUCAAGUUCGAAGUGCGAAGGAAACUUAAUUUAUCCCAAAAUACAUUCAGGCAAAAUUACUUUUAUACUUUUAUUUUAUCUAAUUUGUCCAUUGGCAAAACAACAAGCAAUUAAUUAGGUAAUAAAAUUAGUACAUAAGUAAUUUAUUAACGUCUUAGUCGGUAUACAUGUUAAUUUCUAAAAAAUCAUGAUAAAGUCCGUCAUUAUGAAGAUAGUUUAAAGAGUAUAAAAUAUGUUAAUAAGAAUAUAAAUUUGAUUAGGUUUGCGGUAAAGUCAGCUAAGUAAAUUUUAAUAGUAUCGACUUGUACCAGAUGCUACCUAUCUUUUGCACUAUGAUCCUGCUCGUAGCACACCACCACCAUAAACCAAAUUAUAUAAAUUGCAUAGUAAGGUAUUUAAAUAAUAUUGUUUAUAAAAUUCGACGCAAAUAUCAUAUUUUGUACUUAGUUAUUAACAAACGGACACCGACACGCAUCGCCUUGUAAAUAAAAAAUCAGCGACUGUUCCGUUCGUGUUUAUAAUGUGGCAUUGUAAAUAAUUUUAUUGUGAAAUUUAUGAAUUACAAUUUUCAUCAAAUAAACACAAAUUCGACUUUA